UCCAUGCAGCCCCGGGCCCCGCGCGCUCCGGCUCCGCCCCUGCUGCUCCCUCCUCUUCCUCAGCUGCAUCUUCAUCCUCCAUCCUCCAUCAUGUCUGCUCUUCCCGCGUGAAGCUGGGACAAACCCGGGAUGAAGCGCGUCUCCCCCCGCCGCCGAUGGCCGCCCGCAUGCCGGGUCGGGUAGCCUCGCGGACGGUUGUCUCUGCGGCUCGGUUCGGUCCAGAAACGGUCGUGUGGUUCGGGCCCCCUUCGCGUUGCUGCGCCACGGAUUGUUUACGCGCUGAGUGAUGAAGACGCAGCAGCUCGGGAUGAAGAAGAGGAGCUACAGCGAUGCCGAACCUCGUCCCGGCCCCCCCACAGCGGAGUAGCCAUGGUGCUGGAUCAGUCAGCAGACAGGUUUGGAGUCAACCCCUCCCUCUACGCGCCGGCGUUCAUGUAUCAGAUGUCAUUUAACUUUUCCAAGAGAGAAAACUCCACUGUCCUGGCAACCUUCCCGACAUCCACGCUCUGCAGCCUCCAGGGCGCCUCCUCCAGCCAGCCCAACGCCUCCUCCGCCUCCUAUGAACUGACGUCAGGGGAGGUGGCCGCUCUGGGCCUGGUCUUCGGGGUUCUCUGGCUGGUCUCCAUUCUGGGGAACGCCCUGGUCUGCCUGGUCAUUCACCGCAGCCGAAGGACCCAGUCCACCACCAACUAUUUCGUAGUGUCUAUGGCCUGCGCCGACCUGCUGAUGAGCCUCGGGUGCGCUCCCUUCGUACUCCUCCAGGUGGCGUCAGGUCGAUGGCCCCUGAGUGCCGCUGCCUGCAAACUAGUGCGCUACAUGCAACACCUGUGCCCAGGCGUUCAGGUUUACGUCUUGCUCUCCAUCUCCGUGGACCGUUUCUACACGAUUGUCUAUCCUCUCAGCUUCAAAGUGUCCCGGGAGAAGGCCAAGAAGAUGAUCCUGGCUUCGUGGCUGUUUGACGCCGCCUUUGUGUCGCCGUGCCUCUUCUUCUACGGGUCUUCGUCUAUAGACAGUCAUUGUGACUUUUUCCUCUCAGACAGCUGGGACAGUAUAGCCUACGCUGCCGUCCACCUCCUGGUUGGCUUCCUGGUCCCGGCGGCGCUGAUCGUGUCCUUCUACCAGCGGGUAGUGCGGUAUAUCUGGAGGAUCAGCGACGGCCACACGGUGCGCCGCACAAUGAACAUUGUUCCACGGACUAAAGUCAAGACCAUCAAGAUGUUCCUGAUGCUCAAUUCCGUCUUUUUCCUCACCUGGAUGCCCUUUUAUGUGGCUCAGCUGUGGCACCCGCGGGAGUCCGGAGGAGCCAGCCGGCAGGGACUGCUGUUCUUUACUGCCAUCGCCUGGAUCUGCUUCAGCUCCACGGCCUCCAAACCCACCCUGUACUCGGUCUACAACGCCAACUUCAGGCGCGGCAUGCGGGAAACCUUCUGCAUGUCGUCCAUGAAGUGUUACCGCAGUAACGCCUACACCAUCACUGCCAGCUCCCGCGUAGCCAAGAAGAACUAUGUGGGCGUGGUGGACAUCCCGGUGCAGGCCAAGCCGGCCACCAAGGAGGCUGUGUACGACGCCUUCGGCAGGGAGGCCAAAGACAAGAAGGUGGCUUGGCCUACCAACAGCAACCCCCCGAACACGUUUGUGUGAGCGGACUGGCCUGAGCUCCCCCCUCACCUGAACUGAACCAGUGAUGGCAGGUGAGCUAACCAGAGGCUAAGCUCCUCCCCACGGUUCGCAGAGGAUCUCGGAAAGCAAGAAGGGCUUUUUCCUCCCAGCAGCCAUCGUUUUUAUACAGCACAGUCGGACCAGAAUCCUUGCUCGGUGUCGUGCUGCGAUGGAUUAUUUUUGUUGUGAACGCCACAAUUUAGGUGUUUUGAUAACGUUGAAUUGUUAGCCAGCUGUAGCCAACUAUCAGUGAACUGUUGUAAUCGCAUCUAUUUUGCUAAUGUGGUGUUUGUGGUAGCAGCUAACGCUAGUAAAGGCUUAUCCAUCACUGACAUCACGUGGUUCAAUGCUUCAGUCUGUGGGAGGGGCCAACUCACCGCCACUAAACCAGCGGAGGUUUGAGAGGUUUUUUUAAUCUCUUGGUCUCCAGGAAAAUCUCUGGGUAGUCUCGCUAGCCGGAUCUUCCCACAACAGACGAGCUGGAAAAAAUUUGUUACCAUAUUUUCUGCACUAAAAGGGGCAUCGGAUUAUAAAACGCAGAAGAGUCAGAGAGAAGUCUGUCUGUCAGACUUAUGUAACUCUAUUCACGCGUUUUAACACGGUACAUGUUAGCCACGUUAGCUCCUUUAGGAGGAGGAAGAGGAGGUGGAGGUGAAGGAGGAAGAGGAGGUGAAGGAGGAAGAGGAGGUGGAGGAGGAGGUGAAGAAGAAGGAGGAGGUGAAGGAGGAGGUGGAGGAGGAGGAGGAGGUGGAGGUAAUGAGCCAGUGAAUCCAGUGAAAGUCUGGGUCUCCUCAUCAGAGAAGCUGCUGCCCUCUAGUGGCUGGAUGUGCUCGGUCGUCAUGGUAACGGUGAGCCGUCUCCAGCUCUAACAGUUGCUGAAUCCUGAUCCGCAGCUGAAGAUCCACACAGGCUCAGAGGAAAGAAGAAACAGGAAGUUGUCAGGAAACUGAUGAAGGUUGUUAAUUAAAGGGCCUCAUCUGCUAUCAUCAGCCCUCCAGAGGAAACUAAAUCUAUAUGUACUAUAUAUGUUUAUGAUCACAUAUGAGCUUUGGCACACCACAGAACUAAUUAUUUGUGAAAUAUUAGCUAUUUUUCUGAACUCUUUUCCAUCCAGAGGUAAAACGACUCGAUCUCAGAGGCUCCGCCUUUCACUCCUUGUGGGUGCCGCCCAUUUCAUGAUGUCAUCCUGUAAGUUUGUAAAGAUGUGGAUAUAAAAUAAAAGUGUUUAGUCGA